GUCAGAGGUCAGCGAGCGGUGCGGCCGCACGAGGGCGCUGGAGUGCGCGCGACCGUUUGAGGAGAUGCCCGGACCGACGUGGUCGCCAGUCGUCGGCAAGUUGCUGCGUCGACACGAUAUUAAGCGCAUGCACUGGGCGAACGCCGACAAAUGCCGACGUCACGGCGGCAUCGUGCGCGAGCAGGUGGCGCGACGGUCGCACGUCGUGCUGCUGUACGAGCCGCGCGACGUCGAGGCGAUGUUUCGCCACGAGGGGCGCCACCCUCUGCGGCCGCACUUUGAGCCACUCGUCGCCUACCGUCGGUCGAAGGGCAUGACCUUGGGCAUUGGAUUUCUGCAGGGUGAGGAGUGGUACAAGCUGCGGUGCAUUCUGCAGAAGGUUAUGAUGGAUCCGAUGGCGGCCGUACCUUACCUAGAAGCGGAGCCUCGGUUGAGUAGUCAGAGACAGAUAUCGUCUGGCAGUAGUACGUCGGGAGAUGAGUGA